AUGGCGGACGUUCCAAACGGUGGCAGAAUCGUGCCUAUAGUCACGACUGCCCGUCAGCAUUACUCAAGCUCUCCGACAAAUGAGGUCAUGGUCAAAACUCCUCAGCAGCCCUCCGAGAAGGUGAAGCUGCCUCGCAAUACGCGCAGCAAGACCAUGGAGGCGGAAACUUUGGAGAUUCCCUGCCUCAAUGAGCUAGGGCUCUAUGCUCUCCCCACUGAGGGUGAUGGCAACUGCCUCUACUACGCGCUCUCCGAUCAGCUCUACGGAGAUUUCACCCACGCCGACCAAAUCCGUGACCGGCUUGCAGACCACAUCUCUGCAAACAAAGAUUACUUCAUGAGCUUUAUAGCCGCCGCCGGUGGAGAGCGUCGAGCUCCUCGACGGGCCGCGGCCGCGGCCGCCCGGCAAUCUUACUGUUCCUCCUCGUCGUCUAGCCCAGCGCCUCCGUCGGCCAAGGAUAAAGAGCGGAGCUUUGAUUCCAAGGUGGCAGAGUCACGGAAGAAGGGCGUCUGGGGAGGAGCGGAGGAGAUCCAGGCGUUCUGUCAAUCUUUCAAGAGGGACGUCAACGUUUAUACCAUGUACGGUAUUCAGAACUUUCGCGAUGUCCACGCGCCCGCAACCGAAGAGAGAGAAAUCGUACACAUCGCAUUCCAUGAUUUUCAUCAUUACUCUUCCGUGCGACACAGCGAUGGGCCCCAUACCGGUCUGCCGUGUAUCCCCAAAGUUGAGAAAGAGCGGGAGAAGGAGGCGUCGGCUGCUAAACCCACGAUCGUAGACAUGGCCACCCCGUGGAAAAUUUCCGCUAUACAGGCGGGUCUUGGGGGCAAGUUCGACCAGAGCGCCAUAGUAGAAAUGCUUCAGCAGUGCCGUGGGAACAUAGAUCGAGCGUUCAUGAAUCUACUUGGCGAGGACAAUAACACGUCUCUGGCAGACGCGCCUUCGUCGAAGGCGAUUAUGAAGUCACGCCUCCAGCCCUCAUCGAGGUCCUCGUCGCCAUUCAGCACGGGCAGCAAACGUUCUGCAGAUGAAAGCGAUGCUGACGAUAACCCUCGACCUGCUGUCCGACGCACCCGUGCUCGUGAGAAUAAGCGACGGAUCCUUCCGGAUGUCACGGUCGGAAUUGCAUUCCGUGACGAUCAGAAUGACCUUGUGUCCUUGCGAUUGCGGGUCAGCCCUGAAACAGUUGUCCAGACGCCUACAAUCCGUCCAACCACUGAGCAGGCCGAGACAAGCUCUUUCGAAUCUGCAACCGAUAGCCCCGAUCUUCUGGCGCAGGACAAGAAAUUGAGGAUCCGACCAAAGGUUGCUCCGAGUGAGACCCCCAGCCAGUCCAAUGACUCCAGCGAUGACAGAAAGCCCCCACGACGGAGCCAACGGCUUUCACGAAGUCGCACAGCGCCUCGAAGCAGUUGA